GUUCUUUUUUUAAAAUUGUCUUUGCCAGACUCUAUAUCACAGGAAGUUUGCAUUAUUACUGACAUAAAGGAAGAUGCUGUCCAAGUGGGAUUUCUCCUUAAUGAAAAAAUGAGGAAUCAUGUGAAACAUGUUAAAAAUGUAGCAAUCACCCUUCAUAAAAAUGACAAUCUACAAAAUAUUUUGUUAGGACAGUGCUACAACUUUAUUUGCAUAAAAAAUAAACUACCUGGCUUUGAGGAAAUCUCACUGCUGGUGGAUACACUUGAAAACACAGGUGCUUUGGUUUUGUACCCUGUUGUUCUCAUUUUGGUAAACAUGGGUACUUUAGAAAAUACAUCUUUUAACAGUGGAAUUGAAAGUUUAACUGUACUUGCAAAGGAAGUUAAAAAGAAAAAUAUUUUACUUUAUGGUGUCCUUAUACAAUAUAAAAAGGUAUGUGCUAUAAUGAGUGGGGGGAAAAUCUGUCAGGUAGUCCUCAGGUUAUGACAGCAAUUGGGAGUGAAAUUUCCACUACUAAACAAUGAGAUUGUAAAGCAAGGCAUCACUUAGCAACAACAAUUCUGGUAGUGGUUACCAUUAUAAACCCAAGUCCAUGAGGGUCAUUAGAUGGGCAUUGCAUAAAGGCAGUGUGUGAAUAGGUUGAAGUUCCUGGCAAGCAAUCUGACAGAAGAAAACUCUGAGCUGAUGUUAGGGAGUACGUGUGUGGGGGUGGGGUGGGGGGAGAGCCGGUGCCAUAGGCAUAUUGUGCGAAUGUACUUCCUACCAGCUUGGAGCUUCAGCUUUUCUGCCUGUGGUUGAGGUGCCAAGUAGCCAUUC